AUGCCCGGAUUCAACUUUGAAAAUGUUCAGCGUAACCUCAAUCUGGAAGCUGAGGGUUAUUCUGCACCACGCACGCUGAAGACCGGUACGACUAUCGUCGGCGUCGUUUACCAGGACGGCGUCGUGCUCGGCGCUGAUACUCGUGCCACUGAGGGCAGUAUUGUAGCGGACAAGCACUGCCGUAAGAUUCACUAUAUGGCUCCGAACAUCAUGUGCUGCGGUGCCGGCACAUCGGCGGAUACGGAGGCUGUAACGAACAUGGUGUCCUCGCACCUGGCUCUGCACCGACUCGAGACGGGCAAACAGUCCCGCGUGCUCGAGGCACUGACGCUGCUGAAGCGUCACUUGUACCGUUACCAGGGCCACGUCAGCGCGGCGCUCGUGCUUGGUGGCGUGGAUGUGGAGGGUCCGUUCUUAGCCACCAUUGCGCCACACGGCAGCACCGAUCGUUUACCUUUCGUGACGAUGGGUAGCGGCAGCAUUGCCGCCAUGGCACAGAUGGAGACUGCCUACAAGGACAACAUGACGUGCGAGGAGGCCAAGGAACUGGUGGCGUCGGCCAUCCGCAAGGGUAUCUUUAAUGAUCCUUAUAGCGGUACCCAGGUGGAUGUGUGCGUCAUCACUAAAGACAAGACGGAGGUCAUGAUCGGGUACGACAAGCCGAACGAGCGUAUGUACCCACGACAGGAAAUCGUGCUCAGGCCUGGUACGACGCCGGUACUCAAGGAAGAGAUCCGCCAGCUGGUUGAUAUUGUGGAGGUCUAA